AUGCUCGAAUUCCGAACGCCCGGCUUCAAUCCGUACAGCGUCAAGUACUCGCCCUUUUUCGACAGCCGGCUCGCCGUCUGCGCCGGCGCCAACUUCGGUCUUGUCGGCAAUGGGCGUCUCUACGUUCUCAGCCUGACGCCGCGCGGGAUCGUCUGCGAGAAAUACUUCGAAACGCAGGACUGCCUGUUCGACCUGGCCUGGUCGGAGCAACAUGAGAACCAAGUCUUGACCGCGGGCGGCGAUGGCAGCAUCAAACUCUUCGACAUGGGCGUGGGCGAGUUCCCGGUCGCGAACUGGCAAGAACAUGGGCGAGAGGUCUUCUCAGUACACUGGAACCUCCUCGAGAAGAGCACGUUCCUGUCCUCAAGCUGGGACGGCACGAUCAAGAUUUGGACGCCGGAGCGCAAGGAGAGCAUCAUGACGCUCCCGGUACACUCCUGCGUCUAUUCGGCCCAGUACAGCCCGCACCACCCGCAGAUCGUCACGGCCGUCUCACGCGACUCGCACCUCCGCGUGUUCGAUUUACGCAGCAAGCCCAGCGCGCAGAACCACCUCACGCUGGCGGUCCCGAUUCACGCGCCACCCAAGAUGCCGCUCCCGGGGGGCUUCACACCGCGCAGCACGGGGCCCACGGAAUGUCUGACGCACGACUGGAACAAGUACCGCGACUCGGUGCUGGCGACGGCAGGCGUCGACGGCGUCAUCCGAACAUUCGAUCUACGUAUGCCCUCGGGCCCGAUGCAGUUCCUCGCGGGUCACGAAUAUGCCACCCGCCGCAUCAGCUGGAGCCCGCAUCUCAGCGACGUCCUCUUGAGCGCCAGCUAUGACAUGACGUGUCGCGUGUGGACGGACGGGAGCAACGCCACGGCGACCGGAGAGGCGACCGGGAUAGGUCGCGAGUUGGGACGUAUGGAAAGACAUACGGAGUUCGCGAUGGGUGUGGAUUGGUGUUUGUUCGGGGCGGAGGGAUGGUGCACGACGUGUGCGUGGGACGAGCGGGUUUUGGUCUGGGACGUCCGGGAGCACAUGCGAGGGUGA